UGGCAGCCAUGCAAGUCGGAUGGUUUUGUAGCCUGUCGGAAUCCUCUCACACGCCCGGGUUGCUAUUACACGAGAGUCCGUGGUGCAUAAUGAAGCUCCUGUGUCACGCAGGGAGGGCUGUGGCAGUUGCAUCAUUUGCAACGUAUAAUAAGAAGGCACGUCCCGAGCAAACGCCGAGUUCCAGUUUUCUCGUUUGGACGUUCUCAAAUCUCAUCCCACUUGUAGUCCUGCGUUUACUCCCCCACCUAGUAAUCGGCACCAUUUUUGCAGCGUCAACACCGCACCGCAAGAAAAUGAGCAAGACGGUAUUGAUCCUUGGGGGGUCAUUUGCCGGCCUCCAUGUCGCCCACGCGCUCCUGAAGAAAAGCAUCAGGGAUGUCAAAGUCAUCCUCGUGUCCAAGAGCACGCACUUCUACUGGAAUUUGGCCUCCGUGCGGGCCAUUAUUCCCGGCCAGAUCGAGGAUGAUGACAUCUUCAAGCCUCUCGAGGACGCCCUCGCCCGGUACCCGGCAGAGUCGUGGGAGCUGGUCAUCGGCAGCGCAACCCAUGCCGACUUUGACUCCAAGACAGUCGAUAUCGCCGUUGGCGACGGAACGGCCCGGACGAUUUCGUACGACCAACUGGUCCUCGCCACCGGAGCCCGCACCCACCCCGACGCGCCCUGGAAAGCCACGGGUAGCUACGAGCAGGCGCUCGCCACCCUCCACGCCACCUCGGCCAAGGUCAAGGACGCCCAGCACAUCGUAGUAGCAGGAGCAGGCGGGACCGGCAUCGAGGUUGCGGGCGAGCUGGGCUACGAGUACGGCAAGACCAAGGAGAUCGUCCUCCUCUGCGCGGGAGAUAAGCUGGCCAACGGGCACGGCAUCGCGGAGGCGGCGGCCAACGAGCUCAGGAAGCUCGACGUAACCAUCCGGUACGAUGCGCGCGCGGCGGAAGUGCGGCCGUCCGGCAACGGCACUGGCAAAACGGACGUGGUUCUCGCCGGCGGCGAGACCAUCACCACGGACCUGUACCUCCCGACGACGGGGCAGGUCCCCAACACCGAGUACAUCCCCGCGCGGUUCCUCAGCACGGACCAGCGCUCGGCGACGGUGCUGGUGGACGAGUACCUACGCGUGUCCGGCGCGCGGGACGUCUGGGCGUGCGGCGACGUGGUGAGCCAGCCGCGCGCCGGCUUCUUCAUCACGCAGAAGCAGGCCGCCAGCGUGGCCAGGAACGUCGAGGCGGCGCUGGCCGGCCUGAAGCCGACGGUCGCAAAGGGCCCGCCGGUGGACAUCUUUGCCUGCGCUGUGGGAAGGGGCAGGGGCGUCGGACGGGUCAACAAUUCGAUCAGGAUGCCGAGCCUCGUGGUGUGGCUGGCCAAGGGGCGCAACCUGGGGAUCCCGAUGUUGAAGGGGUACAUCGACGGGAGCGUUGCGUGAUCCGGUGGUAAGCGAAUCAUUGGAGAGGCGAUAGAGACGCGUGGGGAGGAGAGAAGAGGAGAGAAAAAAGAGAGAGGUGCGGGGGGAAGUCGUGGGUAAGGGUUAAAGGCUAGAGGGUAUAUAUAUAUACCCCAUUUCUUCUUCUCUCAAUUGCUGGCCAGCCUUGAUGAAGUAUCCGG